UGGUAAUCAAUCACAACAAUAAGCGUACCCUUUAUCUACCGUUAGAAUACGACAUCUUGCCGAGUCCCAGGUUUUGACUUGAAAGGAACAUGUACCGGGAACCCGUGUCGUGAUGCCGUUGAUUGUCUCGCUCUUGAAGCUGACUUGGCUGUCAUUACAGCUGAUCGAUACUCUCAAGAUUAUCAAGAAACCUGCAUCCCGGAAGAGCAAGAUCAGAAUCGUCGAUCAAGAGGAGAAGGAUGCUACAGUCUUGCAGGCGACACCACCAAGAACCAGGAUGAGCACGCUCAAGCGAGAUAAAUUGAGAAAGGUUCUGCAAUCAUGGAUUGUAUGGAUGCUGUUCAGCUACUCGGAGGGUGUUGCGGACCAUACGAUCGGGCUUAUCAUGCCGUUCUACAACCACGUCAAGAUCGUCUUUUUGCUCGCACUCAGCAUCCCUCGCUCCUCUACUCUCCCUUAUAUCUACGACCGAGUCUUGUUCCCUAGACUCAAGAGAUAUUCUCGUACAAUCGACCUCUCUUUCUCCCUCUUUGGCCUCGUCGGGCAGUACUUGCUGCAGCUCGUACUUUGUACGACGGUGGUACCGGUUUUGACCUUGAUCGAGAGAGUUCGGUCGUAUUGGGGUCAGGCCAGACCGGACGAGUCAAUUCGACAAUCAAACGGUCGGAUCGCUCGAGUAGGACAACCUUCUCCUGGUCCACCACCUGGCGGAUUCAAAAUUAUGUUGCCCGACACCGCCGUCACGUCGGCUCAACCCCGGAAAAAACCUCGCAAAUCGGUACUCGACAAUGUCCUCGAAUUCUCCCUCGGGACACCGAGGACGUUGCGUCAGACGAUGUAUCAGGCCAGAGCGCUCUAUGGUGUCCCUGAAGUAACGCCAACGACGAGGACCGAGCAGGCGGGGUGCAGAUCGAAAGAUCAGUCGAAAUCGUUGAAGAGCAAAAAGUGCAGUAAGGAUGGACCGAACGAGGCGGACAAUCGACCGACGGAUCCUCCACCAAUUACCACGGCAAGAGCGGUCUCGGGUGGCGUGCCGCUCAACAAGAAAACGCAGACGAUGUCCAGGUCCAUAAGGGUCGACUCGAAUGUGGCUGGUGUCCAUGCCGCCAGCGUGACCAGGCAGAACCCAGCAGUACCACCUACCCGGGCAGUCCGUUCGGCUACCCUCGAUCCACUGGCGGCGGGCAUUCCUACCUUGCUGAGCAAAUCUAGUCUGAAAGCAGCAGGUCCCUCUCGACCCGUCGACCCGCUUGUGAGCAAGAACACAAGAAUGCGGACUGGCAGCGCUCCGCCAACACGAUCGACGGCGGGGAAAACAUCGGCAGAAGCCUUUUGGGCACGUUUAGGUCCGAGUCUCAAUCGAUCUGGCGGGCCGUCUGACCCCAUCGAGACUGUCAAUGAAUUGGCCGAAGAAAUGGAAGGUCUCGAAAAUACGGGUUCGUCGAAUCAGGCCAUCCGAAGUGUUUCGGUGGUCGGAGGCAGAGAUGAAAGCACUGAGGACAACACGGACCCUACCGGAGACAUCAUUAUGAUGGGGAGGAAAACGACCCCACGAAAGAGGAAACAGGUGGACACGGGGAUCGAGGCUCGUGUACCGAAAGUCAGAAGGAUCGAACGGCCUGCGGAGUCUAUGAAUGAUACGAGACAGGCGCGUGCCGCGCCUCUGAGAAAGAAGAGGGUUGACUCCACGCAGUCGACGUCGACACCGACGGUGAACGCUUUGAAGGGACCUGUGGGUACAACCCGUGAACGCAAGACCACAGUAACCACGACUGCUAUCCCGGCUGUUCAAUCCUCAGUACCCGAGGGCCGAACGUUGCGGUCCGCCAGGAGAAAACAACCGGUAGAGGGCGAGGACGUUCCGACUCCAUCCGUCCCCGAGCCUCGGCUCAACCGACCUGAAGCUCGGACUGUGACUGCUCGAGCACCUGCUAAGCGGGCGACCAGGAAUCUAGGACAUCCGCAACGACCCGAGCGUAGAUAGACAAUCGUCUGGAGCACGGACGACUCCGUUUCCGUAUAGUCACGUUUU